CCCAGUCCCGCCCCUCCCGCCCCGCCUGCUCGGCGGCAGCAGGGCGUCUGCGGCACCUGCCCGGCGGAGCGUUCGCUCCCUGCGGCCGGCGCCCGCCCCGCCGAGAUGGCGGAUCCCGCCGAGUGCAGCAUCAAGGUGAUGUGCCGGUUCCGGCCCCUCAACGAGGCGGAGAUCCUCCGGGGGGACAAAUUCAUCCCCAAAUUCAAGGGCGACGAGACGGUUGUUAUCGGGCAAGGGAAACCAUAUGUCUUUGAUAGAGUGUUACCUCCUAAUACAACCCAGGAGCAAGUUUAUAAUGCCUGUGCCAAGCAGAUUGUUAAAGAUGUUCUUGAAGGGUACAAUGGCACAAUCUUUGCUUAUGGGCAGACAUCAUCAGGAAAAACACAUACUAUGGAGGGAAAGCUGCACGACCCUCAGCUCAUGGGAAUUAUUCCAAGAAUUGCACAUGACAUCUUUGAUCACAUCUACUCCAUGGAUGAAAACCUGGAGUUUCAUAUAAAGGUUUCGUACUUUGAGAUAUAUUUGGACAAAAUAAGGGACCUACUUGAUGUGUCAAAGACAAACCUCGCUGUACAUGAAGAUAAAAACAGAGUCCCAUAUGUUAAGGGUUGUACAGAAAGAUUUGUAUCGAGUCCUGAAGAAGUUUUGGAUGUCAUUGAUGAAGGGAAAGCUAACCGUCAUGUAGCCGUUACAAAUAUGAAUGAACACAGCUCUAGGAGCCACAGUAUCUUCCUUAUUAAUAUUAAACAAGAGAAUGUGGAAACUGAGAAAAAACUCAGUGGAAAGCUCUACCUGGUAGACUUGGCUGGAAGUGAGAAGGUCAGCAAAACUGGAGCAGAGGGUGCUGUUCUUGAUGAAGCUAAAAAUAUCAAUAAGUCUUUGUCUGCUUUAGGCAAUGUGAUAUCUGCCUUGGCAGAAGGAACUAAAACCCAUGUUCCAUACCGAGACAGCAAAAUGACCCGAAUACUUCAGGAUUCCCUUGGUGGCAACUGCAGAACUACUAUUGUUAUAUGCUGUUCUCCUUCUGUGUUCAAUGAAGCAGAAACAAAGUCAACCCUGAUGUUUGGGCAGCGAGCUAAGACGAUCAAGAACACAGUCUCUGUGAAUCUGGAGCUGACUGCAGAGGAGUGGAAGAAAAAGUAUGAGAAGGAAAAAGACAAAAACAAGAGUUUAAAGAAUGUUAUUCAGCAUCUAGAGCUGGAGCUGAACAGGUGGAGAAAUGGAGAAGCUGUGCCUGAAGAUGAACAGAUCAGUGCAAAGGACCAGAAAAACCUGGAGCCGUGUGAUAACACCCCCAUUAUUGACAACAUCACACCAGUUGUUGCUAGCAUCUCAACAGAGGAGAAGCAGAAAUACGAUGAUGAGAUUGCCAGUCUCUACAGACAGCUGGAUGAUAAGGAUGAUGAAAUCAACCAGCAGAGCCAGUUGGCUGAAAAGCUAAAGCAACAAAUGUUGGAUCAAGAGGAGCUUUUGGCCUCCACUAGGAGAGAUUAUGAGAAGAUUCAAGAGGAGCUGACCCGUCUUCAGAUAGAGAAUGAAGCAGCAAAAGAUGAAGUAAAAGAGGUCCUUCAAGCCCUGGAAGAAUUAGCUGUCAAUUAUGACCAGAAAUCCCAAGAAGUGGAGGAUAAAACAAGGGCCAAUGAGCAACUGGCUGAUGAGCUGGCACAGAAGAGUAGUGCCCUGACAGCGACCCAGAGGGAAUUGGGACAGUUGCAGGAGCUCAGUAACCAUCAGAAGAAAAGAGCUACAGAAAUCUUGAACUUGCUGCUUAAGGACCUGGGAGAGAUUGGAGGUAUCAUUGGUACUAACGAUGUUAAAACAUUAGCAGAUGUGAAUGGCGUGAUUGAGGAGGAGUUCACCAUGGCACGGCUUUACAUCAGCAAGAUGAAGUCUGAGGUGAAAUCUCUGGUGAACCGCAGCAAGCAGUUGGAGAGUGCCCAGAUAGACUCCAACAGGAAGAUGAAUGCCAGCGAGAGGGAGCUUGCAGCUUGCCAGCUGCUCAUUUCACAACAUGAAGCAAAGAUCAAGUCCCUUACAGACUACAUGCAAAAUAUGGAGCAGAAGAGAAGGCAACUGGAAGAGUCACAGGACUCUCUCAAUGAAGAGCUUGCCAAGUUGCGUGCUCAAGAAAAGAUGCAUGAAGUCAGUUUCAAGGAUAAGGAGAAAGAGCAUCUGACCCGUCUUCAGGAUGCAGAGGAGAUGAAGAAGGCACUGGAGCAGCAGAUGGAGAGUCACAGGGAAGCCCACCAGAAGCAGCUGUCCAGGCUGAGGGAUGAAAUUGAGGAGAAGCAGAAAAUAAUAGAUGAAAUCAGAGAUAUGAAUCAGAAGCUUCAAUUGGAACAAGAGAAACUGAGUGCUGAUUAUGAUAAAUUAAAAACUGAGGACCAGGAAAGGGAAAUGAAACUGGAAAAGCUCAUACUGCUUAAUGAUAAAAGGGAACAAGCAAGAGAAGAUCUUAAGGGGCUGGAGGAAACAGUGGCAAGAGAACUUCAGACUCUUCACAACCUUCGCAAACUGUUCGUCCAAGAUCUUACCACGCGCGUUAAAAAAAGUGUUGAACUCGAUAGCGAUGAUGGGGGUGGAAGUGCUGCGCAGAAGCAGAAAAUUUCCUUUCUUGAGAACAACCUGGAACAGCUUACAAAGGUUCACAAACAGUUGGUACGUGAUAAUGCAGAUCUUCGUUGUGAGCUUCCUAAGCUGGAAAAACGACUUAGAGCUACGGCAGAGAGAGUUAAGGCCCUGGAGAGUGCACUGAAGGAGGCCAAGGAGAAUGCCAUGCGAGACCGCAAGCGGUACCAGCAGGAGGUAGAUCGCAUUAAGGAAGCUGUGAGAGCCAAAAACAUGGCACGGAGAGCACACUCUGCUCAAAUUGCCAAGCCCAUCCGCCCUGGUCAUUACCCGGCAUCUUCUCCAACGGCUGUCCAUGCCAUCCGCGGGGGAGGAAUGUCAAACCCCACCUACUAUCACAACACCAAAUAGACAAGAAGUGAAUUCCACUUAGCAUGUUAAGGACUGUCAUUAAGUCACUAGUUUCUUUUUCUCCCCUCUUCAAUCAAAUCCAUGUCCUGUUCAUCCUGCGCUUCCUACAACCAUCUGCACUGCACUGGUCGCAGGUAUUUUGAGCUUCAUAGGAUCCACACGUGUACAGAAGUGUCCAGCUCAACUCUUCUACAGAUACUUGUACAAUGUAUUUAACAUAACCAUCUAAGUAAUGAUAGGAAGUCUGCCACUCAGAAUCUCUCACUGACUGCGUUUGACCCCUUGGCGCUUGUUAGGUUGGGGCUUCUACACUCAGAUAGAUGCUUUUUCAAAGUCUUCUGUUGCAUCAGUAAAUCCUGACUUUUGGCAUCAAAGAAUUAACUAUUCAAAGACAAAGUGCCAUCAAAGGCAGGUGAUUGUGCUGUCAUGACUGAUUUACUGUAUAAUAUACAUAUUAUUUUAUAUUUUUAGGGGAUGAAAAUGUGCUGCUAUAUGAUUUAAUUUUACCGCUUACAUUUUCAGAAGUAAAUUUCCCCAAAGAACCAUUUGUAAUAUCCUGAUAAAAUCCUUGGACUGUAUAAAAUAACCUUUAUUGCAGUACCUGGUAAAGAUCAAAUGGGAUGCAGAGAAAUCUGUUAGUAUAGAUCUAGGUUUUGAAGUUUGGUAGUUACAUGAGUAUAUCUGUGUGACCUAUCUUGUAAUUAAGAUCAGAUCUGCUUGUAGUUCUCCCUACAGUGGUGGGGUUUCCUGGAGUGUAAUGGCUAGCCAUGUGUUUGUAAGCAUUGUUCUCUAUGAAAUUUUGAAGGCUUUCAGAAUGCUGUGGAAAUCUUGUCUUGGAAAAGUAGACAAGCAUCCCUCCACCCCCCUUUCCCCUUCCCACAUGCCUUCAGCAAGCCCUGAUCUGUUCACACCAGAAUUCAGAUACUGAUGAGUGAAUGGUCCCCCACCAGAACAGAUGCUACCUUAAAGAAACAAAAAAAUAUAAAUGUCCCACAAACCCCAGAUCCUACCUUAAAAAAAUUAGAGAGAGAUUCCAAAAGGAGGCAAGAGUUUUAUGCUUGAACUGUCCUUUGCAAACAAAAUUUUGGAAUAUUUUUGUUAGGAAGUGAAGAGCAGACUUCAGGAGGAAAAGAAUGUCCUUCUAAGUUACCAUAUGCAAGUCACCCUACUAAUGGUACUCUCAUUCUCCCAAAGAUGAGGAUGAGACUGCUUGCCUUUUGUGGACCUCUUUCAUGCCAGUAAAGAUUCUCCAUCUUCUCAGCAAGGGGGCACUGGAAUCGUUCUGGGAAGGUUCCACUGGCAGGCAGAAGCUCCUUCUCCUCCUCCCUGCCUACCACUUCUGUGCCACAAACACCUGUCCUGGUUCAUAUGUGGGUAGUAUGCACCAUUACGUCCUAACAAAGUGUGGAGUCUAGGAAGGUCAUGGCUGAGCAUAGCCCUCUAGUCUUUAUUUGCAGAGGUUUGCUCUUACUUAUUUUUUUUUAAAUUUCUGAAUGUGUUUGUUAGUAGACAUAGAACUUAGUUAAUGUAGAGCCUUUUGAAAGAUUGUGAAUUGACUUGAGGUAUUUUUUUUCUACUGAAAUUAUUUAGGUUGUUGCAAAGUAAGUUAGACUUAAUUUAACAUUUUUUUUAAUGUUGCACUAUUUUGAGGAGCGUUUUGCUAAAAAUAUUUAAUGAAGUUGCAAACUUGCAUGUAUUUAAUUUAUUUUGUAUUUUCCAAAGUUUUAUAUUUUCUUUCUUUACGUGCAUGUGCACUGCCAGAAAAUGAACUGUGAACUUGCCGUAUGCAAUCUUCAAUAAAAUCACUAAUUCAGAACUACUCUGUACUAUCUUAUCAGCUAUUCAGCGCUGAAAUUUCUACUAUGAACUAACAAUCCUCUUGUUUCGCUUCUAAAACGGUUGUCUGGAAGAAGAUACCAAACUGAAUUGCUGUCAAAGAUUUUGUACUGUAGUAAGACUUUUGUUCUAUCUUGAAUUCAAAGUUUGAUACGGAAGUAUAUUGUAGAUGCAGCAUUAGCUUAAAAAAAAAUGCAUUAAACUCUCUGCCACCAUCACUGUUAGUUAUGCACGGCAGUUUAGACAGCUUUCUUCAGCUUGAGUAAUAAGUUAGCUUUGACAUCUCUUAAUUGUGCUAGUGCUGAUCAGCCAGUCAGUUCAUCUAGCUAAAAUGAUGUAAGUUUCUCCAAGUUAACUUUUACAUCAAGACUGUAGGAGGACUUUCUAUAACUGAAAUGCUGAGAGGAUGCCUUAGGCUAAAGUUCUCAAAACGACAUACGGAAGAUACUUACUUGAUUGGAAAUGAUUAGUUGUCAAUUGAACUUCCUCUGCUUAUGUAUAGAUUCUUGGUUUGUAAGCCUAUUUUAAUUAGGCAACUUAAGUUUGUAUUGCGUAUUGUAUAUUCAACUUUUGUACCAUUUUUAAGUCUUACACAUUUUAUAUAGAGAAAUGAAAACCACAUCUCUGCAGAGAACAAAACCUGUGUCUUGCUAUUUCCACUACUUGAUGCUCUCUGACUUUCUUUGCUAUUUGAAUGUUGUGUUAAAUUUUCUAAGGUUAAUUUUAAAGUUGUGUUUGUAUAGUGCAAAUCAAGUUUCACAUCUAAUAUGUCAUGCAUGGGAUACAUUUUGGUGGAAAUACCGUACACAAAUGGAAAACAUAACUCAGAUGGAACUAAAGUGCAUAUUGUUCUUUUUGCUAGUAAUUAAAUGUGUUUCCUGCUCACUUGAGCUUCUCUUAAUGAUAUGUUCAAAUAUCUUGUGUUUAUGUUCAAAUAUCUUGUGUUUGUCCUUGAGUUCACAUUUCAUUAACUUGCUUUCUCUAAAACAAGGAACGUUUUAAACCUGGAAAGAUCUUGGCUGAUGCAUUUUUAAAUUUGGACUUAGCAAGGGUGAGAGCGGAUUAUCCUGAGUAUAUUGCAAAUUAAAAAAUAAGUCACAGUAAAACUAUACAAUAGUUUCUGCUUACAGAACCUUAAGAAUAACUUUUAUAUUUCAUAUUAUAAAGCCUAAUGGACAAAUAUACACAUUUGCCUGAAAUAUUUAUAAGUAAGGCUUAGAAAUAAAAUAUUGUAAGCUGAACAUUGUGUUAUUUGAAUAAAUGGUGAUGGAGGUCCAAAAGGAAAGAAAAGGCCUGAUCAGAUUUCCAUUACUGGAGGAGAAAGACCUUGUGUAAACAAGAAUGAAGUUCAUGUCAAUUGGAAAUGGAAGGGGAAAAAAAAAACACAAAUUGGCAGGAUAAUCUUAAUCUACCCUUGCGUUGAUUUCCAUCUUCACUGUGCCUGUUUGAACUGUAAAGUGCACUGGACAACACCCGCUGUGCAGGAUGGGACACUGAUCCACCCAUUCCUCUCUGGCUCUCACAAUAUUGUCCAUUGAAACACUUUUUGUUGUGGGAGAACCACGGGGGUUGAGGCAUUCUGUAAAUUAUACCUGUCUAGUUUGUAAAGUGUGUAAUGUGUACUGCAGAUGUGUAUUCUCUGGGCUCUAUGUAUCUUUACAGUAGUGUUCAAUUUAGGAAAAAAAUAAAUUGUGGACACGUUUUGCUGGUAACAAGGGGAAAUUUUUUGCCAUUGCAUCAAACGAUGCUGAAAUAUAUUAAACUCUUGAUAGCAAACCCAAACCCUCUUCCCCCAUCCCAUGGAGAUAAGUCUUUUAUCUUCAUUCUAAAAUUCUAUCUCAGAUGGAUGGAUACACUGGCAGACUGCAUGAUGUAUCAUUCGAAAACUGCUACAGUGGAUAAUAAAGCUGAACUAAACUUU